GAUACGGUUGUACGAUUCCAUCACGUCGAGACAAUUACAAGAUGACGAACUAUCAUAAUCUGUACAUUUUCCUCAGUUUGCUAGCUUUGGGGGAAAGUGUUAUAGUGGAAUUACCGCACGGAAAAAUACAGGGUAAGCAAUCCCUAACGUUUAACAAUAAAACGUUUUACAGCUUUGUGAAAGUACCUUACGCAUCUCCGCCGGUCGGCGAAUUAAGAUUUAAAGCACCUGUUCCACCAAAAGCUUGGGAAGGAAUUUUAGAUGCUACCAGUAAUCGUGUCGUAUGCCACCAAAUAGACCAAGAUCUCCCUCUCGAGUCAGAAGAUUGUUUAUACCUAAAUAUUUACACUCCACAGAGGAUACGUCAACGGUAUUUCCAUUUUCGGAUAAUGAAGACGAUGCGAAUAGCGGUUUAGAUAUGUGAUAUCUAAACAAUCUAAAGUGUUAAACUUCCACUUAGUUCUAACUUUGAAAAUUCAGAUACAAGCAUGAAUGUCUAAUCCGAUUCGUGGCGAUUCCGAAUAAUUUUCUAUUCCAACGAGUACUGAUUUGAGUAAGAAGUUUAUCUGUAAAUUUUGACCACACAUGGAUGAGGACUAUAUUAUGAGAUACACUUUUGGGUUUCAUGGACACAAAAUUUACCUGAGUCAUCUGAACGAUGAUAUUUUCGCAAAUAAAGCUGUAAACACUUCAAACUUGUUGUUUUGGAAGAUAUAAAUAUAAACUCG